UUGAAUGUUUUAAUUAAUUUUAAGUUUAGAAAAAAGAUUAGUUUCGUCAAUUUAGAAUUAUCAUAAAAACCGUGUCGAUCGUUUAAAAUGGGAAAGAAACUGUACGAAGCUGUUCCCAUAUUAAAUGAUGAGAAAUCGAAAAACGAUUAUGGAUCGACAUCCGCUGCCAAUUCAUAUCUGCCGAAAAACCAAAUAAAAAGUAAUCAGUUAUCAUAUCCAAGAGCUGUGAUAUUUGUGCUAUUGUCAAAGUUUUUUGAAGCAUUCGCUGCAAAUGGUGUUAGAACUGUGCUUGCGUUGUACUUGCGCGAUUCGUUGGAUUUUAGUGUGGAAUCGUCAAUGACAUUUUAUCACAUUUUCAAUUUUUUUAGUCAAUUCUGUCCGGUUUUUGGUGCCAUUUUGGCAGACAGCUAUUUGGGCAACGUAAAAACCAUAUUUUAUAUAUUUUUUCUAUAUGCAAUCGGCUGGAUUGGCAUGGUGAUUUUGACGCUUCCACUUCAAAUCGGAUCAAUUUCAGCGCUGAUAAUUACAUCAUUGAUAUUGAUUGCAAUUGGAAAUGGUGGGAUACGAGCUUGUGUCACAUCUUUGGGCGGUUCACAGUUUGAGUUGCCCAGCCAGUCAAAACAAUUGGAUCAAUAUUUUUCCAAUUAUUAUUUUAUCUAUACGCUCGGCAUUUUGGUGGCCAAAAUUAUUCCGCCAGAAAUUCGUGCACAAACAACAUGCUUUGGACAAAAUGAAUGCUACACCGCUGUUUUCGGUGCACUUGGAGCCAUGUUUUUGGUGGCAUGGAUUAUCUUCAUGUUUGGGAUGUUUUUAUACAAAGAUGAAAAAAUCGGCGAAUCGAAGAGUAAUAUUUUGUUUCAAGUGAUUGGUUGCUUUUAUUAUGGUGUAAAACAUAAAUUUAGAAAACGACACGAUAUAAGAUCAAUGCAUAGUUCAUGGACCGAUGGUGCUAUGGACAAGUAUCCCGAACAUUUUGUACUUGAUCUGUGUGCCGCACUAAAGGUGUUAAAAUUAUUUCUUCCAUUGCCAAUGUACUUUGCAUUGUUUGGACAAAUCGAUUCUAGCUGGACGUUUCAGUCGAGUCAAUUGAAUACAACCGUAUUCGGCUAUCGUAUUGAAGCUGAUCAGGCAAAAGCAGCCGGAGCAUUGUUGGGUUUGAUUUUAAUACCAUUUUGGCAACAUAUUGUUAUUCCAGCAUUGUUGAUGUACAAUAUUAAAAUAUCACCACUGCAAAGUAUUGCGAUGGGUGGAUUUGCUGCGUUCACAUCAUUUUUCUGUGCGGCAAUUUUACAAAUAAACAUUGAAGAUCGCAUUGCGACACACAGCGCAGAAUUGUCAGUAUUGUGGCAAUUUCCACAAUUUCUUUUGAUGAUGUUGGCCGUUGUAUGGCUCGAAAUACCUGGUUUGGCAUUUUCAUUUACACAAUCACCGUCUUCGAUGCGCUCACUAAUGAUGGCCGCAUGGUUCUGUAAUAGCGCAUUUGGUAAUGUGAUUGUGAUAGCUAUCACGGAAUUGCGACCAUUUAACUUAGCGAGCAGUGGAUACUUUUUGUAUGCAUUUUUGAUGCUUGUUGCAAUUCUUGUAUUCAGCUGGCUUGCAAAUGCCUAUCAGUAUACAGAUUAUGAAAGUUGUAUUGAUAACAAUGACAAUCUAAUACGACGACGAUCCAGCAACAAUGUACCAUAUUCAGCGAUUUCAUCACAGGAUGGAUUGGAUCUUAUUUUUUAAGAGAACAAAAAAGAAUUGUAUUCAGUUUGUACAUUAAAAACUCAUGUAACUUCAUUCGCUUAUGCUAAGUCUAUUUCGAAGAUUUUCAAUAAAAAAAAACAACAAAA